AUGAAUGGAGAUUAUGUGAGCGACGAUGAUCAAAUGACAAGUUCAAGAUCAAGAUCAAGACUAGGAAUAGCGUGUUGUUUAGGUAGGCACAGAAGCAUAGACAAUCCGCGUUCCAAUUCAAUAGCUUCUACGUCAAGAAACAACACAACCAACAGAAAAAGGACGAAUCACGCCAAAAGCAAGAGCAUGGAAAAUUUUGAUAAUACUCCUAGUACAUUGAACAGCAGUAGAAGUCUUAGAAAACCUCCUCAUUUGAAGUCAAGAAAUGGUAGCAGUCGUAAGAGUACUCCAAUCAUGUAUUCUAAUUCAUCAGGGAUGCUAAAACCCCCACCAAUAGAGAAAAAUAUUGAAUGUACCCUUGAAGAGUUGUGUUAUGGUUGCACGAAAAAGAUCAUGAUCAGAAGAGACGUACUCACAGAUAACGGGGGUAUAGUUCAAGAGGAGGAACUACUAACAAUAAAUGUAAAACCAGGUUGGACAAAAGGAACAAAGAUUAAAUUUGUAGGAAAAGGAAAUGAGAGACCUAAUGCAUACUCAGAAGACAUAAUAUUUUCUAUAUCUGAGAAAAGACACCAAUUAUUUAGAAGAGAAGGAAAUGAUUUAGAAUUAUGUGUAGAAAUUCCCUUACUAAAGGCACUUACUGGUGGUACAAUAUCAGUGCCAUUGUUGGGUGGAGAGAAUAUGAAUUUGACAGUAGAUGAUAUUAUAUACCCUGGCUAUGAGAAGAUUAUCAGUGAUCAAGGUAUGCCAAUCUCUAGCGCGGCAGGGAAGAGAGGAAAGUUGAUAGUUAAAUUUAUUGUUGAGUUUCCAACACAUCUCUCAGAUAAUCAAAGAUGUGAUGUUUUUAGUAUUUUACAGAAUUCUUGUUGA